CCCUGAAGUCACAGCCAAGCGGCUGGCUGCAGCCUUUGUCAGCUCCUUGUGAGCUCGCUUGCAAGUUGCAACACAUCUCUAGGAUUUUCUUAUGGACUAGGAAGUCCUUCGACUGAGAAAGUCUUCUCGAGUAGAAAAGGCAUCUCGACUACGCCAUGGAGCAGUCGGAGUCUCACGUCGAGAUAGCCAAAAGGCUGAUCGAGACAUUCCGUUCACUCGCCGUGAACUUCCCCGAACAUGCGCAAAGCAACAUCGAUCUCCUCAAAAAGACGCUCGCGUCGCCCCAGAAAUCGCAGAUAUUGAUCUCUGUCCUCAUCGGAUUUGCAUUGCUUUUCCAGGUCUUCUUGAAAUUUAGACAAGUCAGAACUCACAAGAGAUCUCGAUUCCUCGAAUCGCCUGGUUUCCCAUUACCAGAAAUUCUGGAUGACUUCAACUGGGCUACGCAGGAGCCGUUGCAGCUGAGACCCUUUAAGCCAAAAUACCAUCUCACAAUGGCUCUCGAAAGCCUGAACCCAUCUGAGCUCAUUCUCAUGGACAAGACAUACAAAGAACGCAUGCAGUACCGCCGAAAGAUCCUCAAGGAACAUCGCGAGACCGUGAUAGCCAUGUUUGACGAAUCUGACCCGCGUAUCAUCGCCGCUGUCAAGGAACUGUACCGUUACAUCAUGUCAACUUAUCUACCCGUGCGCUAUCCGACAAUGUUUCGUCUCCACGAAACCGCAUUCGAGACUGGAAAGGCCUACAUGCUCGAAAACCUCGUCUUGAACGAGUUGUAUCCGUCCGAAGUCACUGAACUCACCUCACCAAUGCGCGCCCUUGAAAUUCUCUACAAGACUAUAGACGAGGAUUAUCUUAUCCUCUUACCCGAGAAAUCAAACGAUGAUGAUGAUAUAUCCGCAGCAAACGUCAAAUACAGACUCGUAGCAUACGAAACAUGCUACCCGGCGGGCUUCAACCCGCGCGAGAAACUCGGAAAACUCCUCGCGGACAUCCACGGUCCCGUUCCGGGAUACCAGGAAAAGCUCGAAAAGAGCAUGGACCGACAUUUUGCAAACAUUGAAGUUGGGAAAUAUGUGAAACGGGCGAAUUGGAGUAUGUCUACUAAUACGGAGCUGUUUGCUGCUUUUGGUGGGUUGCAUAGCUCUGCGAACGAGACUAAGGUUGAGGACAAGAUUAAGGAGGGGACAUUGGAUGUCGAUUCGACAUUCUUACGGUGCGAGCGUCAAACGCUUCAUCGUCUACCGACUUCCCGCGCUAUCGUCUUCGGUUUUCAUACCUACACAUACCCGAUCAAACAGAUCAAAGAGGAAGGUUCAGGCCAAGAUUUGGCCACUGCAAUUGACGGGUUGAAAGAGGGGAGCGUCCCAAAGAUCUACGGAUACAAACGAGGAGCCGUCUGGGGAGACGCAGUAAAAGCAUAUUUACGGAGUUAGCUCUAUUUCCUUAGAGUUGUCGUCUGUUGGAUACAUUCCUAUGAAUAGAUUCCUCAAGUCAAUGUAGACAAACUUCUCUAUACGAUCAGUCCUUCUUUACAGUCUUUCCAACACCUUGAUAAGAUCAGCCGUAACACCCAUGGCCGUCACAUCACCACCGGCACCCGCACCCUGGAUGAUUAAGGGAUUACUACCAUAACGCUUUGUAUAGAAGCUAAUAAUAUUAUCACUUCCCUUCAAACCCGCAAUCGCGCUGUCCUUAGCGAACUGCUGUAAUCCAACCUUGACUUCCUUCUUACCAACGUCCACGCUGCCUACAUAUCGUACAACUUUACCUGCUUUCUCAGCCUGUUCCUUGAGUGCAGCCAUCUGACCGUCGAAUUCGGGAAGACGUUUCAUGAACUCAGCCACACCUUCAGAAGUAGCAGGUAAAGAAGCCAAUUCGGCGGGGAUCAAGGACUCAAUGGGGAAUGAAUCUGGGCUUUGGACCUCGAGACCGGCAAUUCGGGCCAGGAUGGUUAGUUUGCGUGCAACGUCCAUACCGUUCAGAUCGUCACGAGGAUCUGGUUCGGUGUAGCCGAGUUCUUUGGCUUGACUGACUACAUCGCUCCAGUUGGCGGAUGAAGUGCCAGCGGGAGAAGAGACAGGCGCAAACGUGUUGAACAAAAACGAAAGCGUGCCGGAGAAUACGCCCUCGAUGCGUGUUACUUCGUCACCUGUAGCGACGAGAUCACGCAAGGUUGAGAUGACGGGUAGACCGGCGCCGACGGUACUUUCAUGAUAAACUAGGGCUUUACCAGUUGCCGCUGAUGCAAAGAUGUCUUUCCACAGGGACAAGUCCGACGAGAAUCCCUUCUUGUUCGGUGUGACGAUUGAGAUUCCCGCUUUGAGAAACUCGGGGUAUGCGCUGGCUAGAUUUGGGUCGGAGGUGUUAUCAACCAAGACCGAGCGGCCGGGGGCAGAAGAGAGGUAAGAUACGACUUCGGAUGGAGUCAGGGUACCGGAUGUCGUGAUUGAAGGCGCUGAUGAGGCUGUUGCCCAGUCUGCUGCUGGGAUGGCGGGGGAAUAUGAUGGAGUGGGCGCAAGGAGGGUUUUUGAAGAGCGGGCGAGGAGGACA